ACCGGAGCCCGGCGCGCAGCUGCGGAGAGUACCGUGGAGCCCGUGCCCCGACGCUUUGCGCCCGCAGUGUUCAUCUCGUCCACCGCGUCCCGGCCGGGCAUGGGGCAGCCCGGCUGAGCGCCGCACCCCGCCGCCGAGACCCCCAGCCCAAGCCACCGUCCCUCUCGCCGCGGCCCCAGCGUGCACCGGCGAUGGAGAAGGCGACGGCCGGCACCGUGGGGCUGCGGUUGCUGCUGCUGCUGCCGCUGCUCGGCGAAGCCCCACUGGGACUCUACUUCUCAAGGGAUGCUUACUGGGAGAGGCUGUACGUGGACCAGCCGGCCGGCAUGCCCCUGCUCUACGUCCACGCCCUGCAGGACGUCCCCGAGGAGGUGCCCAGCUUCCGCCUGGGCCAGCACCUCUACGGCGCCUACCGCACACGGCUGCACGAGAACGACUGGGUCCGUAUCCAGGAGGACACGGGGCUUCUCUACCUUAACCGGAGCCUGGACCACAGCUCCUGGGAGAAGCUCAGCAUCCGCAACGGUGGCUUCCCGCUGCUCACCGUCUACCUCCAGGUCUUCCUGUCGCCCGCGUCCCUUCGUGAGGGCGAGUGCCAGUGGCCGGGCUGUGCCCGAGUGUACUUCUCCAUCAUCAACGCCUCCUUCCCGGCUUGCGGUGCCCUCAAACCCCGGGACCUCUGCUUCCCUGAGAUGGGCCUGUCCUUCCGCAUUCGGGAGAACAGGCCUCCCGGCACCUUCCACCAAUUCCACCUGCUGCCUGUGCAGUUCCUCUGCCCCAACGUCAGCGCAGCCUACAGGCUUCUGGGAGGUGAGAGUCUGCCCUUCCGCUGCACUGUGGACAGCCUGGAGGUGAGCACGCGCUGGGCCCUGGACCGCGAGAAGCGGGAGAAGUAUGAGCUGGUGGCUACGUGCACGGUGCGUGUCGGCACGCGUGAGGAGGAGGUGAUGGUGCCCUUCCCCGUGACCGUGUACGACGAAGAUGACUCUGCGCCCAGCUUCCUCGGGGGCGUCGACACCGCCAGCGCCGUGGUGGAGUUCAAGCGGAAGGAGGGCACUGUUGUGGCCACACUACGCGUCUUCGAUGCAGAUGUGGUACCAGCAUCCGGGGAGCUCCUGAGACGGUACACAAGCACGCUGCUCUCCGGGGACGCCUGGGCCCUCCAGACCUUCCGAGUAGAGCACUCGCCCAACGAGACCUUGGCCCAGGCCAACGGCAGCUUUGUGCGGGCAACCGUGCAUGACUACAGGCUGGUUCUCAACCGGAGCCUCCCCAUCUCGGAGAGCCGGGCCGUGCAGCUGGCCGUGCUGGUCAACGACUCGGACUUCCAGGGCCCGGGGGAGGGCGUCAUCCUCCUCCACUUCAACGUGUCUGUGCUACCCGUCAGCCUGCGCCUGCCCAGCACCUACUCCUUUGCCGCGAGCAGGCGGGCCCGCCGCUUCGCCCAGAUUGGGAAAGUCUGUGUGGAAAACUGCCAGGAGUUCAGUGGCAUCCACGUGCAGUACAAGCUGCAGCACUCCAGCGCCAACUGCAGCGCCCUGGGGGUGGUCACCUCGGCCGAGGACACCACGGGGACCCUGUUCGUGAACGACACGGAGGCCCUGCAGCGGCCCGAGUGUGCCCAACUCCAGUACACGGUAGUGGCCGUCGAACGACCAACCCGCCGGCAAGCCCAGGCCCCACUGCUCGUCACACUGGAGGGGACAUAUGUGGCAGAGGAGCCAGGCUGCCCCUUGUCCUGCGCGGUCAGCAAGAGGCGGCCCGAGUGUGAGGAAUGCGGCGGCCUGGGCUCUCUGACGGGCAGGUGCGAGUGGAGACAGGGAGACGGCAAAGGGAUCACCAGGAACUUCUCCACCUGCUCCCCCAGCAUCAAGACCUGCCCCGACGGCCACUGUGAUGCCGUGGAAAGUAGAGACGCCAACAUCUGCCCCCAGGACUGCCUCCGGGGCGGCAGCAUCAUUGGUGGGCACGAGCCUGGGGAGCGCCGGGGGAUUAAAGCCGGCUUCGGUAUCUGCAACUGCUUCCCAGAGGAGAAGAAGUGUUUCUGCGAGCCGGAAGACAGCCAAGACCCUCUGUGUGACGAGCUUUGCCGCACAGUGAUCGCGGCAGCCGUGCUCUUCUCCUUCAUCGUGUCCGUGCUGCUGUCCACCUUCUGCAUCCACCGCUACCACAAGAACGCCCACAAGCCGCCCAUCGCCUCAGCUGAGAUGACCUUCCGCCGGCCUGCCCAGGCCUUUCCGGUCAGCUACUCCUCAUCCAGUGCCCGCCGGCCCUCGCUGGACUCCGUGGAGAACCAGGUCUCUGUGGACACCUUCAAGAUCCCGGAGGAUCCAAAGUGGGAAUUCCCUCGGAAGAACUUGGUUCUUGGAAAAACUCUGGGAGAAGGAGAAUUUGGAAAAGUGGUCAAGGCAACGGCCUUCCGGCUGAAAGGCAAAGCGGGGUACACGACUGUGGCUGUAAAGAUGCUGAAAGAGAACGCCUCAGCGAGCGAGCUGCGGGACCUGCUGUCAGAGUUCAACCUCCUGACGCAGGUCAGCCACCCGCAAGUCAUCAAGCUAUACGGGGCCUGCAGCCAGGACGGACCGCUGCUCCUCAUUGUGGAGUACGCCAAGUACGGCUCCCUGCGGGGCUUCCUCCGAGAGAGCCGCAAGGCGGGGCCCGGCUACGUGGGCAGCAGAGACAGCCGCAACUCCAGCUACCUGGACAACCCGGAGGAGCGGGCCCUGACCAUGGGCGACCUCAUCUCCUUCGCCUGGCAGAUCUCGCGGGGGAUGCAGUACCUGGCCGAGAUGAAGCUCGUCCAUCGGGACUUGGCAGCCAGAAACGUCCUAGUAGCUGAGGGGCGCAGGAUGAAGAUCUCGGAUUUUGGUCUGUCCCGAGAUGUUUAUGAAGAGGAUUCCUACGUGAAGAGGAGCAAGGGUCGGAUCCCAGUCAAGUGGAUGGCCAUCGAGUCCCUCUUCGAUCACAUCUACACCACCCAGAGUGACGUGUGGUCCUUCGGUGUCCUGCUGUGGGAGAUUGUGACCCUGGGGGGCAACCCCUACCCUGGGAUUCCUCCAGAGCGGCUCUUCAACCUUCUGAAGACAGGCUACCGGAUGGAGAGGCCAGACAACUGCAGCGAGGAGAUGUACAGUCUGAUGCUGCAGUGCUGGAAGGAGGAGCCAGACAAGAGGCCAGUGUUCGCUGACAUCAGCAAAGACCUGGAUAAGAUGAUGGUUAAGAGCAGAGACUACUUGGACCUGGCCGCGUCCACCCCAUCUGAUUCCCUGCUGUACGACGACGGCCUGUCGGAGGAGGAGAUGCCCCUGGUGGACUGUAAUAACGCUCCCCUCCCUCGAACCCUCCCCUCCACGUGGAUUGAAAACAAACUCUAUGGUAGAAUUUCACAUGCGUUUACUAGAUUCUAGCCACGUUGUUCCUCUCUGCACUGUCCUUACUCUCUGUAAUGCUUUUUAAGAGUGUUUCUGGUCUGAAUGAAGCCAAAGUCUGCUCUGAACCUUUUUGUUUGUAAAUGUCUGACUUUGCAUCCGUUUACAUUCAGGCAUUUUUACUAUUAUGUUUUUUUAAAAGGAUGUGAAAAUAUGUGUAAUUACCACACUGCCCAGCAACUUAGGACGAUAGAGAAGAAAGAGAGCAGGGCAGAACUCUCAGGGGAUAUUGAGAAAAUGAUGACUAAGUCAUUUCCUGGGUGGGUAUCAAGUCAUAGUACUUCUAAUUUAACUACUGGGAUAAAUUUACCUGAUCCGGGGAGGCAUUUAAUUUAGAAAGGAGGAGCCAGCACCACUCUGCCUGCACUAAGAGCACAGCCAGUGGCCGCUCCCCCAGACCCUGCCUGGGUGGAAGGCAGCUCUUGGAGGCCACCUGGUGCUGGAGACCACAAUGGUGGGGGGAGGGGAAUGGGAGGACACACGCAGACUGCUGUUUUCACAUCCUUUGCGUUACAAACUGUCAUGACAGUUGUCACUUAUGAAGUCAGUGCAAAAAGCUGGAGCAAAAUGCUUUUUGAAAGAACGUAGUCUGUGGUGCUGUGGUCUUGCAAUGGACAGUAAAUAUGGUUCUUGCCAAAA